ACACUAAGAAACUUUCCACUUAAAACAAAUGAACACAAAAACAAUGAAGAUCCAGAGAACCACUAGUCUUACAUCACUUCAUUAACUUGCUACGACUACCUUAUUAUUUGUAGACUGUAGUAGAAGAAGUAAUGGGCCUUCAUAAAUACUUGUUCCUACCAUUUUUCUCUCUGAAUGCACUUACAUCUUGGGACGAGGAACUGCCCUUCCCCAUAAGAAAGCUCCAACUCAUUUCAGCCUUCUUUAAUGCUCUGACCCCUCCUUCUACUUCAAUUUAAUGUCCUCAUUUUUUAUUUUUCUUACUGUUUGAGUUUGUACUCCAUAAAGUAAAGAUUGAAUUUUAGCCUUCCAUUGUUCAAUCUAAACUGUGCUUAGUAAUUUCUUCUAGGACACCUAUUUCUUUUCUUGCUUUCACAAUUGUUCAUUUUGACCAUUUGUCACUUCUUUGAGCCUUGCACCUGUUUCCCUCCCCUAAAAAAAGUUUGUUGUGAAAAAGAAGUUGAAGAUGAAUUUUGGAAUUAGUCCUGGAAAUGUGGCAGUUCACCAUGGAAGUUGCACUGCAAAAGUGGCUGUUGAAAGGAGGAUGAAAAUAGCAGAAUUGGUGUUAAGGGUUUUGAUAUUAGGGUUGGGUGUUGCUGCUGCUGCUCUUGUUGGCUUAGAUAGUGAGGUUAAGGUCAUCUUUGCCAUCACUAAGAAGGCUUCUUUCACCGACAUGAAGUCCCUUGUGUUCUUGGUGAUAGCUAAUGGGAUAGUUGCUGCUUAUUCAUUGGUGCAAACAGUGAGGUGUAUUUUGGGAGUGAUUACGGGAAGUGUUCUCUUUAGCAAACCUCUUGCUUGGGUCAUCUUCUCUGGUGAUCAGGUUAUGGCGUAUCUGACCCUUGCAGCAGUAGCAGCAGCUGUACAGUCAUCUGUGAUUGGAAAGUUUGGACAAGCAGAACUACAAUGGAUGAAGACAUGUGGUUUCUAUCCGAAGUUUUGUAACCAAAUUGCAGAAGGAUUAGCAAGUUCUGUGGUGGUUAGUCUUUGCACGGUGAUUCUCUCUGGCAUCUCGGCUUAUAGCCUCUUUCGCUUAUAUGGAGGUAACAAAGGAAAGAGAAAUACAAGAUGGUAGGCGAGUAGAAUAGGAAUGUGUAUAU